AAGAUGAACGGUAACCCGUGUGCCCGCAGGCUGGCCCGGCGCUCCAAGUCCGCCCUGCUGGUCGCGGCUCUGGCCGUCCUGCUGGUCCAGACUCUCAUCGUGUGGAACUUCAGCAGCCUGGACUCCGCCGGCGGGGACGGAGGCGCCAGGAGCCGGGAGAAGAGAGAGGACCGAGCCGCGGGGCUCAACAAAGCCGACUGGGAGCACCCGAGGAGGGGGCUGCAGAAGAAGGGCGACCCGCCGCCGCCGCUCUUUGGGAAGGCGGCCGUUCGGCACAAGCUGCAGGCGGACGUGUACCAUUCCCACCGGCCCAAAGAGAAACUUCGCCUGGACAGCAACAACAACGAGAACUCGGUCCCUAAAGACUUUGACACCAUCGACAGCAACAGUAACCUUGGAGCUCGGUCUCAGCGCCAGCGAGUGCAGCUCGCAAACGCCAAACGCAAGCUGGAUAAAGCCCAGGCGCAGAGCAUGCUGGGAAAAUCUGCCAACGAGGUCCUGAAGCUCCCUCCCCUCCAGCCCCAAGGGGCGGGCCUCAGCCUCAACCGCACCCACAUCCGUAAGCCCCACCCCCAAGUGCCGACCUUCCCGGCGCCGAUCCAGGGGUCCGAUCAGGAUCCGCCGUUCCACCAGGCGAGGAAGUCGGCCACGCUGCCGCCGUCCGGUUUGGAGUCGAGGAAGGAGCAGCCGCAGUGCGAGAUCAGCGGGAAGGAAGCCAUCUCCGCUCUGUCGCGAGCCAAGAGCCGCGAGUGUCGGCAGCACAUCGUGGAGGUCUACUGCAAACACAAGGAGAGAGCGCUGAUGCCCGAGAGAGUGCCGCGGUACUGCCCCAUCGAAGGUAAGGCUAAUGUGAAUGUGCAAUGGGAUGGAGACCCCUCAGAAGCCGCCCAGCUCGUGCCGGCUCGGAUCGCCUUCGUCCUGGUCGUCCACGGCCGAGCCUCUCGGCAGUUCCAUCGUCUCUUCAAAGCCAUCUACCACACCUCGCACUACUACUACAUCCAUGUGGAUCAGAGGUCCAACUACCUCCACAGAGAGGUCCUCUCCCUGGCCGGCCAGUAUCCCAACGUGCGGGUGACCCCCUGGCGGAUGUCCACCAUCUGGGGCGGGGCCAGCCUGCUGACGAUGUACCUGCACAGCAUGGAGGACCUUCUCAAAAUGUCCGACUGGUCCUGGGACUUCUUCAUCAACCUCAGCGCCGCAGAUUACCCCAUCAGAACCAACGAGCAGCUGGUGGCCUUCCUGUCCAAGUACCGCAACAUGAACUUCAUCAAGUCUCAUGGCAGAGACAACGCACGUUUCAUCCGUAAACAGGGUCUGGACCGUCUGUUCUACGAGUGCGACACACACAUGUGGCGUCUCGGGGACCGCAAGAUCCCAGAGGGCAUCGCGGUGGACGGAGGCUCUGACUGGUUCCUACUCAACCGGCCCUUUGUAGACUAUGUGGUCAACUCCAGAGACGAGCUGGUCAGCAGCAUGAAGCGCUUCUACACCUACACACUGCUGCCGGCCGAGUCGUUCUUCCACACCGUGCUGGAGAACAGCGCCCACUGUGAGUCCAUGGUUGACAACAACCUGCGGCUCACCAACUGGAACCGUAAACUGGGCUGUAAAUGCCAGUACAAGCACAUAGUGGACUGGUGCGGCUGCUCCCCCAACGACUUCAAGCCCUCAGACCUGCAACGCUUCCAGCAAGCGUCCCGACCCACCUUCUUUGCCCGGAAGUUCGAGGCCAGCGUCAGCCAGGAGAUCAUCAACCAGCUGGACGCCUACCUGUUUGGCCCGUACGCUGCCGGCAGCCCGGGCCUGCAGGCCUACUGGGAAAACAUCUAUGAGCAGGAGACGGACGGCCUCGCCAGCCUAUCAGACUCCACGCUCAGCCACUACCACGCCUUCGCUCGUAUGGGGCUGUCCCGCGCUGCCAGCUCACUGCAGGGACAUCCCAAUGACAACAGCUGCAGGUACAUGUCCAUGGGCCAUCCAGUGUCCGUCCACCUCUACUUCCUGUCAGACCAGUUCCAGGGCUACCUUGUGCGUCAUGUGGCCACUAACCGAGCCUCCACCCAGCUGGAGAGUCUGGAGACCUGGGUGGCACCCAAGGACCACUUCGCCCUGGCCAGCCCCCCCCACCCCUCCAACAGACUGCAGCACAUUCAGGUCGGGGCGGACUGGGAUCCUAAGGAGCGUCUCUUCAGGAACUGGGGCGGUCUGCUGGGUCCCAAGGACGAGCCGGUGGCUGUGCAGCGCUGGAGCCGCAGCCAGAGCAACCUGACAGCCACAGUGGUGUGGAUUGACCCCACCAACGUCAUCGCCGCCACUUACGACAUUCUGGUUGACGCCUCUGCAGAGGUCACCCACUACCGGCCGCCGCUCACCUCGCCACUGAGGCCCGGCUUGUGGACGCUGAGAGUGCUGCACCACUGGAACCCGCUGGGCCAGACCAGCUUCAUCGUGGCUCCGCUCGAGUUCCACCGACAGCAACCUUUACAGCAAGAGGAUGCACUGCAGUUACACGGCGGCCCGCCCAGAAACUCAUACAUGGAGCAAAGUUUUCACGGCUUGAACCCAGUGCUGCGGCUUCCGGUUAGCCUGGGCGCGGUGGAGGAGGCGGAGGCCAACGCCAGUCUGACGGGGGUGCCGCUGCGGCGUUGGCUGGACCGACUGCUGGAGGGCCACUGGUCAGCUGCAGACGUCUGCUCCAUGGGGCCCAGCGUCUGUCCCGUCAUGCAGCGCUGUCCCCUCACCGUCUGGAGCUCCGCCAGCCCCGACACCAAGUCUGAACUGACCCCGCCCAGAGAGGACGGACGGAUCAGGUAGCAGUCGGACGGACUGAGGGAGGACAAGAGGAACAAAUGAAGGAAGGGACAGGGCCAAUGUCCUGUUCCUGUCUCAUAUUUAUUUAUUUAAAGUUUGAGUGAAAGGAGAUGGAUGAAUCGAACUCUGGAGGCAGCGACGGGAAGAAGAGAAACAAACUGAGGAAAACUCUUCUCCUUCAGUCCUCAUUCAGUCUGCUGUGUGUGUGUGUGUGUGUG